UACUGGACGGGGCGCAAAAGACAAGCAUGUGCAGUACCAACAACUUAGAUUUAGACCACUUCCUGCUCCGAAAAGCUUACAUUUAUCGCGAUAGAUCCAAUUUCGUACGUGGAGACGACGGCCUUGUCUUGGAAUGAAACACGAUCGCUUUAUCUAUCAAGAGUGAAAUACAUAUUCGUCUGCCACUUUCGGAAAAUAUCAGAUCUCUGAAACUGUAGCUAUAAUGGUCCACGACAGGAGUGAGUAAGCUCAUGAGGAUGAGAAGAGCACAGGUGCAGCAGCAGCGUUCAGGGCUGUGAGCUCAGUGACUCUCCUGUGGGCUCAGGAUGGCGCAGGGAGGCCCUCAGUUAGACUAUCACAUCCUGCAGGACCUCAAGCAGCGCUUCCCCGAGAUCCCAGAGGGAGUAGUGUCCCAGUGCCUUCUGCAGACCAGUGACCCCUAUAGAACUACAACAUCAGCCUGGGCCCCAUCACUGAGCCUUGUAUCCUGUCUCCUUUCCUCCUCCAGAACAACAAUAACCUGGAUAUAUGCUGUCACCUGCUGGCUCAGGAGAGUAACAGAUACCUCUAUGGGGAGUACCAAAGUCCGGAGGAGGCCCGUCUGAGCCGGAACCACAUGCUGCACAUCCAGCUAGGGGGCUACCCCCCCUCGGAGGCGGGCAAGGACAACGGAGGCGGGCGCUCCCUGGUGCACAGCUCCAGUGACGGUUACAUCGAGCCCCAGCGCGUUGGCUUCACGGAGCCCCUCUCGGCCCCCGCCACCAUAGCCCCCUCGCUAGGGUACAACCCCUUCUUCAUGAAUGACCACGGGGGGCGCACGGCCAGCACCCCCACUCCGCCUCCCGUGCAGGGAAUGUCCCCUACCUAUUCGCCUGUUCCUCGCUACACCAUGAACCCUAUCACUGUCACUCUGUCCCAGAACCUGCCCAACGCCCCCCAGGCCCUGCAGAUCCCCGCCGGUCACUAUGGCAACAGUGGCGGUAAUGCCCUCUACAUCCGGCCCUCCCCCUCCCAGAGCCCGCAGCCCUCCCCCUGGCCCUCGUCCGGGCAGCCUGUGUAUCAGCCCUCGCCCUACACCACUCCCACCUACCAGUCCCCGUAUAGCUCACCCCAGCACCAGCCCCAACAGCAGGUGCAGCCCCAACAGCAGGUGCAGCCCCAACAGCAGGUGCAGCCCCAACAGCAGGUGCAGCACCAACAGCAGGUGCAGCACCAACAGCAGGUGCAGCAGACCCAUGUCUUCCUGCCCAUCAGCCCUCCCACCUUGGCCAGCAUCCCCUACCACCACCAGCAACAACAGCAGCAGCAGCAGCCCAUCUACCGGCCGUACCUGCCCAAGAGCUCCCUGAAGAACCAGAUUGAGAUCACCCUGGAGGGCCCGCGGCCCCGCAGCAACUCCCCCGUGCACUGCCCCCCGGGACAGACUCUCUACAUGGCUACCAGCCCCUCACCCAGCUCACCCCAGCGGGGCCUCAGCCUGAGCGGGGGGAGCUCUGCCACCUUCCACCCCGGGGUAUACCUGCACCAGUGCCCCGCGCGGCCCCGGCCCACUUCCUCACCCCAGCCAGGCAGCCAGGCGGGCUACACCUUUAAGAUCAAAGUGUCCCCAGGCCAGGCCCAGCAGCAGAGGCCACUCUCAGGUUCCCCUCCAGUGGCCUCCUCUCCUGAAUCUCUGCUCAACAUGGUGGACCAGGGGGAGCAUCACGCGCUGGCCCCAGCACCCAUCCUGCCCAUCUCAGCCCUGCCCGGUAACAUUGUCAGCCACAUCGCCAACCGCAUGCCGCGCCGCUCCAGCUCGGGCUCCGAUGACUACGCUUACACCCAGGCUCUCCUGCUGCACCAGAGGGCCCGGAUGGAGCGUCUGCUGAAGGAGCUGCUGAUGGAGAGGCAGAAGCUGGAGCAGCUGAAGGCAGAUGUUAACGACAUGGAGUACGACGCCCUCCAGAGACGCUUCAGGCGAGUCAACAGCACCAGCCUCAUCCCCCGGCCUGAAGAGAUGACACGGUUGCGCAGUCUGAACAGACAGCUACAGAUUGAUGUUGACUGUACCCUGAAGGAGACGGAUCUUCUGCAGUCUCUAGGGAAGUUUGAUCCGCAAGCCGAGAACAACUUUUAUAAGAACAUUCAGACCGGUCCGGUGGUACCGCCCAAGCCAGGAAGAAAAGAGGGGGAGCGGAACCCCAAGCCUGCUGUCGCGGGGCCCCAGAGGGAUGAGGACUUUGAGGGAGCCCAGUGGAGCUGUGAAGAAUGCACCUUCCUCAACCACCCUGCACUCAACCGCUGUGAACAGUGCGAAAUGCCGCGCUACACCUGAACCGUUCCGGACAGUAGUCCCCCCCUCCUUACUUCCUUUUCCUGUAAACUCCUCUGCCCAUGUUCUUGUGUAAUGACCCUCCUUCCCUGUCAAUCUAUAUAUAAGCCCCCUCCCACCUGUUGAGGAAGAGCCACCCCCUCACCCCCCCCCCCCCCCCCCACUCCUUUUGUCUCAUUAGAGGAACUCACCCAUGCACUUUGACCCUUGUCUCCAUUGGUGGAAAACAUUUUCCCAGUAUGAGGACAGCAGGAGACUAUUCCCAUGGCAACCCAAAAGGGAGGGACUAGCUGUGUGGACAGUGGCCGUGGCUACAGAACAGCCAAUGGAGCGUUGUUUUUAGAAUACGGAGGAGGCGGUGUGGUUUAUCCGGUGAACAUUCCAUUGCAGAAUGAAUGAGAUUGUCCUGUUUACACGACUGAGCCCAUUCCCAAACCCCACCGACGGGCGGACGUUCUGUCCCUUACAAAAUGACCAGGGCUGCACUCUCUGGCAGUGGGACAAUGCAAUUGCAUAAAGAAAGGGUCUGAUGAACUAAUCCUAAUGUAGAUUAUACACUGUAUCAGCUCUGUACCAAGAGCUCCUUCUUUCAUCGAAUGAAGAACACUAAAGAGGCUUGCAUAUGAAUAUAUUCCUGGUACUUUUAUGCAUAUUAUGCCCACACUGUAUUCCAUGUUAAAAAAAAGAUUUCCCCAUGCAAAUGCCUCAAGUUGCUGUACUUAAUAAAGGAGCUGAUUCUAUGUGA